AUGUCAGACGUUGAUAUCUCACCCAUACCUAAACAAUCCCAUCCAUUAGCCAAAAGAAGUCUAUCAAAACCAUUAGCUGGAACUCUUGAUGUUGAUCCUCAAGCACGUGAUGCUUUUAUUCAACAUCUUGUUGUUAAACCAUCUUAUUAUCAACAACGUGGCUCAAGAAAAUCGAAUCUAAAUUAUACAUCAUCGAUUGGUUCCAUAGUUGAUCGAGCACCAUCAAGUUUAUUUGAACUUAAACAACAACGUUUAUUAGCAGCUGCUGAUCGUAAAAAACGUAUUAUUGCUCGAAUUGUUAGUAUUGUUGGACUUUUAAUUAUUCUAUUAUGUGCUGCUAUAGUAACACUAACACUUAAAAUGGCACCGAAAAUAGAUGAACUUGUACGUACAAAAGCUGGUGCAGCUGGUGCACAUCAACUAAUUCAGUUUUUAUCUCGAGUAAGUACGUCUCCAACAACAACAAUAACAAUUCGCCAAGAUAAUUCUACCAUCAAUGGGUCUACUAUAGAAAAAUCUAUUUUUCGAACUCGGCGGAAAUCGUUUAUAUAA